GCGCGCUUGUGCAACUUUGCGGUGGCUUUGUGGCGUCUCCGGCGAAAAGAAAAGGCUGACUCUGUGCACUAGUUUAUCGCGAAACCUCUUUCGAAGCAUGCAAGAGGACGAGAUUGUCGUCUCUGAAGUCCACGUCGACUCGGACAACAUCGUGAAGAACGAGAACGACCCGCUGCUUGAGAUGAUGCCCGCAGCUUUGAAAAGCCGACUGCAAGUGGCCCAGUCUAGGCUGCACGUCAAGUUAGACACCAACGUUGAAUCGGUCAAACCCGGUUGCUUGACACUGGACGAAGAUGGAGAUCUCGAACUUUCAAGGGCCCGCACGAGUGCGCGAGUACUUCUAGAUCACUGCCCUGCCACCACAUUGCCUACUGUUGGACUACAGGUUUGGAAGGCCGCCUUGGUGAUGUCCGACUUCCUGCUGUAUCAUGGAAGGGAGCUCCUGCAAGGAAAAGGGGUCGUCGAACUGGGCAGCGGCGUCGGACUGUGUGGCAUUGUGGCGGCCGCGUUUGCCGACUACGUCUUCUGCACCGAUGUUGGGGAAGAAGUUCUGCAUCUGUGUCGGAGAAACCUGUACCAAAACGAAGACUUCUACGACACCCUCGCUGUAAGGCAGUGUCCGACGAAGGUCAGGUGUUUGGACUGGACAAAAGGACCACCGGAAAUGCAGACCGUGACAGGUGCCUUUGCCUGGUCUGCGAAAGACUUGGACGAGUUCCGCAAAGCGGAGGUUAUUCUGGCAGCUGACGUGGUGUACGAUGACUGCCUGACGGACUGCCUCUUUGAACUGGUUCUCAAGACCGUCACCAGGGGCAGCCAGACGAUAUACGUUGCUCUGGAAAAAAGGGUGAACUUUACCCUAGAGGACCUCGACACUGUCAGUCCCUGCCACAGGCACUUCUUGCAGUGGUUGGAGAAGUUGCGAGAACUCGGCUGGAAAGUUUGUGCCGUCGACCUUUCCAAUGUGCCGCAAUACUUUGGGAGCUACAGCAGGGACUCGUAUCUGGAGCUGUGGCAAUUGAGACCAUGCUGAUGAUCGUCAAGAGAAGAUGUCAUCAACUCACAAACUCAAAGCAAGGUCAACAAACUGAUGCAUCUUCAGCCACUAUUUCGAUCGGUCUUCAAGCAACUUUGUUCAUAUGGCAGCACGCCACAUGUUCAGAGUUUGAGAACCGUGAAUGGCUUUGCACUACUGAAAAAUGGUACGCAAACAAACCGGGUGCGGCUAAGAUGUAGCCUUUUCUAGAAACGAUAUAAUGCAACUUGGGCUUUGUGUAUUAUAAAUAAAAAACCUGCACCCUACCUUUGGUCAUGAUGCUUCUACAUUACAUAAAGAAAUCACCUAAACGAUUAACUCGCACUUGCAUGCCGUAGUUUGCAGAGGAACACUGGGACGAAGCAAC